AUGGCUCCGACUAUCAGAACCGCCGCAUCUUACUCUACUCAUAAAGAAUAUACCGUCGAAUUCUUUGGCGAAGAGUUAAUCGUCACCUUAACGAAUGAUUCCUCCGUGAUCAGCCAAUGGAUCGACGACGUCCUCUACUACAACAGUCGUCGUUUCUCUUCUCACCCUCUCGUCGUCGGAGUCGGCGUUCAGUGGACACCGCCUGGUUAUUUCUCCGAUUCUCCACCGGCGUAUAACGACUACGCCGAUUCUUCACCGGAGAGUGAUUACUACGCCGAGUCUCCACCGCCACCGGAGAGAUGUCACAACUCCAGACCUCCGGUUGAUACUCUCCAGUUAUGCGUGGGUAAUCGAUGUAUCAUCAUCCAGUUAUCUCACUGUUACUGUGUCCCAGUCGUCCUUCACAGCUUCGUCGGAGAUCGAGAGACGACGUUUGUUGGUGUGUAUAAUGGUCAAGAUGCGAGAAGGUUACACGAAUCUGAACACCAGUUGGUGAUCUGGAAUCUUCUGAAUUUGAGGAAGUAUGUUGUAGAUUCGCAGGGAAGACACGUGAGGGGUCGGUGUUCUUUUGAAGAGAUUGUUGAGGUAUGUUUGGGUCGUCGUGGAGUGAGAUUAGAUCGAACUGUGAGUAUGAGUGAUUGGAGUGCUUUUAACCUUUGUGAUGAUCAGAUCCUUCAGGCUUCGGUAGAAGCUUUUGUUUGUUGCAAGCUUGGUGUUCUUAAUCAUCUAUGGGAAGUUUGA